GCUGCUCUAGUCGCUCCCUCAGCUGCCACCACCUCCGCCGCCGCCGCCACCUCCACCGCCGCCGCCGCCGCCGCCGCCAUGCUUUCCGUCCGCGUCCCGCUCGCCACCAUCGCAGACCAGCAGCAGCUACAGCUGUCGCCGCUGAAGGGACUCAGCUUGACGGACAAGGAGAACACGCCCCCGUCCCUCAGCGGGACCCGCGUCCUGGCCAGCAAGACAGCGAGGAGGAUCUUCCAGGAGCCCGCCGAGCCGAAAACUAACGUUCCAGCUGCCCCCAGCGCGGAGGACGAACCGCUCCUGAGAGAAAACCCCCGCCGCUUUGUGGUCUUUCCAAUCGAAUACCACGACAUUUGGCAGAUGUAUAAGAAGGCCGAGGCCUCCUUUUGGACAGCUGAGGAGGUGGAUCUUUCCAAAGACAUCCAGCACUGGGAAGCCCUAAAGCCUGAGGAGAGAUAUUUUAUAUCUCACAUUCUGGCCUUCUUUGCAGCAAGUGAUGGCAUAGUGAAUGAAAACUUGGUGGAGCGAUUUAGCCAAGAAGUACAAAUUACUGAAGCCCGCUGUUUCUAUGGCUUCCAAAUUGCCAUGGAAAACAUACAUUCUGAAAUGUACAGUCUCCUUAUUGACACAUACAUUAAAGAUUCCAAAGAAAGGGAAUUUCUCUUCAAUGCCAUUGAAACAAUGCCUUGUGUGAAGAAGAAGGCAGACUGGGCCCUGCGUUGGAUUGGGGACAAAGAGGCUACCUAUGGAGAACGAGUUGUAGCCUUUGCUGCUGUGGAGGGAAUCUUCUUUUCUGGUUCUUUCGCGUCGAUAUUCUGGCUGAAGAAGCGAGGACUUAUGCCUGGCCUCACGUUUUCCAAUGAGCUUAUUAGCAGAGACGAGGGCUUACACUGUGACUUUGCUUGCCUGAUGUUCAAACACCUGGUACACAAACCGUCGGAGGAGAGAGUGAAGGAAAUAAUUAUCAAUGCUGUUAGGAUAGAACAGGAGUUCCUCACAGAGGCCUUGCCUGUGAAGCUCAUUGGGAUGAAUUGCACACUAAUGAAGCAGUACAUUGAAUUCGUGGCAGACAGGCUUAUGUUGGAGCUGGGGUUUAGCAAGGUUUUCAGAGUAGAAAAUCCAUUUGAUUUCAUGGAGAAUAUUUCACUGGAAGGGAAGACUAACUUCUUUGAGAAGAGAGUAGGCGAGUAUCAGAGAAUGGGAGUGAUGUCCAGUCCAACAGAGAAUUCUUUCACCUUGGAUGCUGACUUCUGAAUGAACUGAAUGCUCUUAGUUUGCUGAUUUUUUUCCCCCCUCUUCC